AUGCGGCGAUGCCUGGCACUGCUGCGCCCAAAGACGAGCGCCGGAGCGGGUGGUGUGGAGUACCGUCCACGUUUUCGCCCACGGCGUCUAGUGAUGCCCGUGAACCCAAGCGAUGUGCACAGCGCGUUGCGGUCAAAUAACCCCGCAUAUGAGAAGUACAAGGACCAGCGACGCCUAAGAAGGGUGGUGGAGCGGCGCGGCUCAAUUGCACUCGCGACGGUGCCUGCAGAACGCAGUGUGGGGGACGCCUUUCGCCUCAUGCUUGAGGUGUGUGAGAAGGAUGGGCUUUUCUUGGAGGCCGAGUCCCUCACACCGAAGUACCUGCGACCUCUGGAAGAGCUGCUAAAAGAGGCGACGGCGUCAUCCGCGUCAUCCUCCUCGUUCCAUGCGGUGUCAGGGCCGGGAGGCCCACAGGUGCCCGAGCGUUGUAGGCAUGACUCGCCCCUGUGCGCCCUUGGUCUUUCAGCAUCGCGGGCGAUGUCGCGAGGGGACGCCCACACCGCUGGCGCCGCCGAGGGGUUGACGCUGCGGGACAUCGACACCAUUUGGCGCAUGCUGGACAACACUCCACUGGAUUCUCCUGUCCACGGCAUUCUUGCAAAUCGGGGGAAGGCCCUCGUUGAAACAUGCAUUGCGAGUACGGCUCAAGAGGCGUUUCCGCGUCUUCGCUCAAAACACCUGCAGGCGCUUCUUCACGAGUGUUGUGGGCUUUUGGCGUGUGGACGUGUGGCGCUGCGUCUGGGGUUUGCAGACAUGUGCAACGUGGGUGGAGAAAUAAGUAUGUGGCGAGAGCUGAACGUGCUGACGGAGCGCUUUAAAGUCGCACGCCGCAAGGCGGCUGCGCACUUGCAGCGCAUUGAAAACGGUGUUCCGCAGCAGCGAAGAUGGUAUUGGCGGGGGGUCCUUCGCUCUGCCGCGGGGCGACUUAAGCUCUUUCCCGUGCACCAGGAGGAUCUGCUGCCGCGCAUGGAGUGGAUUCGAGGGUCCAUAUUUGCCUUUGUUGCUUUCAUUGAAAUGGCUGAGCAAUCGGGUGAUGGCGUUCGCCUGCAGCCGCUGAUCAAAAAGUUGUUUUGCAGUCAAUUGGGUUCCUUCCUGCACGUGUCGCAGGUGCUGGACUCCGCCCAACAAGCGGCGGAGGCGCUCCGACAGCCAACGGUAACGGAAAGCGACGCGUGUUCGUCUCAAUUGGGCCCCACGGAAGCGCGUGAGCGGCAGCAGAUGCUGGCGACACGCAUCCAGCAGGAGCUGGAGAAGCUUCGGCACAUGACCGAAGAUGAAUUGGAGGUGCUAUCUGAACAGACGCACCCGUUAAAUACUCGUGCGGAUGCCCGCCGGGAUCAGUUUGCAUCUAGCGGUGGGGCACAUGCGACGCAGAGUCUCCGUGAUGACAUCUUCGACGAUUACCGCGUCACACGGCAUCACAAGGUGGCACCACCGGCGAUGCUGCACUGCAUACGCCCACAAAACGCUUUUAAGGAGACCCAGAUUAUACUCCGUUACGAUCCAAAUGUGCCGAAGGCGUUGUCGUCGGCGCCCAUCGACGUGGAUCAGGUUGUUCGCAGUGUGACAGAGGUGCAUGAAACCAAUCCAUAUGCCUCAUUGUAUGCACAUCAGCAGUUUAGACAGGUGGAGUAUACGGUGUGCCGCCUGUACGCGGGGAGGCGGUGCAUUGGCCAGGGCAAAGGUGAGUCUCUCAUGGAGGCCAUGAAUGAGGCGGCGCAGCACACACUGCUGAACUAUUACCUUAAAAAGCCUCCCAGCACCGUCGCUGCGGCGACGUCGACCCCUGCGGCUGAGGGGCCGGCUGUGGACGCGGCACACGCAGGGCUGUCGGAAGUUCGUGUAAACAAAUCUUUUGAUGAGGAGAUAUUUUUCUGA